UAAAGCAGCGAUAAGAAAAUAAGGGGAACAACUCAGCUUAAGGGGGGAAAAAUCAGCUCCCCCUACGCCCCCCCAUCCCUAAGCCCAACCCAGCACCGAGGCAACUUUGGAUGUGUCUGUUUCUCCCUGCAGUCUGGGUUACAUUCCUCCGGAGCGCCCGCUCAGGCCGGUUGUGACAUAGCCCGAAAACUUUCCGAGGGAUUUCUGCCGAGGGCUGGAAGACCACCGAAAACCUUCAGCCUCACGGGGAUCACCGAGAGGAGAGACCGUAGAUCUCUCGGCUCUCCCGGGGUUCGGGGGUGACCCCGCUCCGUACGGAGCCGCUCCGCCGCCCCCCGCUAUGGCAGCGCUCCCCGGGACGGUACCGCGGAUGAUGCGCCCGGCGCCGGGGCAAAACUAUCCCCGCACCGGCUUCCCUUUAGAAGUGUCCACCCCGCUGGGCCAGGGCCGAGUGAACCAACUCGGUGGGGUUUUCAUCAACGGGCGCCCACUGCCCAACCACAUCCGCCAUAAGAUCGUGGAAAUGGCUCACCACGGGAUCCGGCCCUGCGUGAUCUCCCGGCAGCUGAGGGUAUCCCACGGCUGCGUGUCCAAAAUCCUCUGCAGGUACCAAGAGACGGGCUCCAUCCGACCCGGGGCCAUCGGGGGCAGCAAGCCCAGGCAGGUUGCGACUCCCGACGUGGAGAAGAAAAUCGAGGAAUACAAGCGGGAGAACGCGGGGAUGUUCAGCUGGGAGAUCCGGGACAGGCUGCUGAAGGAUGGACACUGCGACCGCAGCACUGUGCCCUCAGGUUUAGUGAGUUCGAUUAGCCGUGUGCUACGCAUCAAAUUCGGGAAGAAAGAGGAAGAGGAGGACUGCGACAAGAAGGAGGAAGACGGGGAGAAGAAGGCCAAGCACAGCAUAGAUGGCAUCCUGGGCGACAAAGGAAACAGGCUGGAUGAAGGCUCUGAUGUCGAAUCUGAACCAGACCUGCCUUUGAAGAGGAAGCAGCGCCGCAGCCGGACCACUUUCACUGCUGAGCAGCUGGAGGAGCUGGAGAAGGCCUUUGAGAGGACCCACUACCCAGACAUCUACACCAGGGAGGAGCUGGCACAGAGAACCAAGCUCACCGAGGCCCGCGUUCAGGUGUGGUUCAGCAACCGACGAGCAAGAUGGCGCAAGCAGGCGGGUGCAAACCAACUCGCAGCAUUCAACCAUCUGCUGCCAGGGGGCUUCCCACCCACAGGAAUGCCAACUCUGCCCCCGUACCAGCUGCCAGACUCCACCUACCCAACCACCACCAUUUCCCAAGAUGGAGGCAGCACCGUGCACAGACCCCAGCCCCUGCCACCAUCCACAAUGCACCAGGGAGGGCUCGCUGCCGCCGCUGCAGCUGACUCCAGCUCUGCCUAUGGGGCCCGGCACAGCUUCUCCAGCUACUCAGACAGCUUCAUGAAUGCUGCAGCUCCUGCCAACCACAUGAAUCCUGUUAGCAAUGGCCUCUCUCCACAGAAGCAGGGUGCCCAAAACAAGAUGCAGUGCUCCAGGUGGAACCUCACCAUAGCCUUGAACAAUCAGGUGAUGAGCAUCCUGAGCAACCCCAGUGGGGUUCCUCCGCAGCCCCAAGCUGACUUCUCCAUCUCUCCUCUUCACGGUGGUCUGGACACCACCAACUCCAUCUCUGCCAGCUGCAGCCAGCGGAGUGACUCCAUCAAGUCUGUGGACAGCCUCCCGACCUCGCAGUCCUACUGUCCUCCCACCUACAGCACCACCAGCUACAGCGUGGACCCAGUGGCUGGCUACCAGUAUGGGCAGUAUGGACAAACUGCUGUUGAUUACUUGGCCAAGAACGUGAGCCUGUCCACGCAGCGCAGGAUGAAGCUGGGAGAACAUUCAGCUGUUCUGGGGCUCCUACCAGUAGAGACAGGCCAAGCUUACUGAAGAGUCCGACUGUGCCAACAACCCACUCCAGCAACUCGGUACCACUGGAGAAACACUACCAGCCUUCCAGGGAUUUGCCUGUACCCGGACCUUACUCCUUCCCAACUCCCUUUCACCUUGCAUCAACUUGUGAAGGAGACGGGAAAGAUCAGGAGGGCUCUCCAUGAAUCCAGCUCCUCCCAGAGUGCUCAGAGGCAAGCCUGGCCUCAUUGACCUGCAUUCUCUGGCCAGAGACAAUAGGUUGGGUACAUUUAUUAACCCCGAGUUCAUGCCCUCCCUCUACCUGGCCAUGGAGUUUUGCCCAUGCUUAAGGACCUUCCAUUCAUCUAGGUAGUUGGCAUAGUCAAAACCAAAUUGAUCUCUUCCCCUCCCCCCCGUUUUGUUGAAAGAAGUUUCUUUUUUGUUUCCUUUUCUUUCCAUUGGUGUAAAUUUGGUGAAUGUUGUAUAGGAAGGAAUAACCAAGCUGACUGUUAAGGAUGAUGUAAUUCGGGACCACAGAAGACCUAUGGACCAAAUAUAAGAACUUGUUUAAACAAACAAACAAACAUAAAACAGCAACGCGAACACAAGAAAUACGAACAAACACACAAAGACAAACAAAAAGCUCAAACGUAAAUUAAAGAGACAACAAAUGUCCCCCACCCCCACUCUACCCUUCUGUUCUCACCGAUGGCUUCCCAAAGCAGGGCCAAAGCAGGCCAGAUUGCUGCUAAGCAGGGGCGGGGUGGAUGUCCAUCCAGCCUGGGACCUUCGGAAGGUGUAAAUGUGAAUUGCUGCAUGAGGUCUGGAGAUGGUGGGCACAGGCACGAGCAACAUUUACGUUUCCUCCUAGGGACCAAGUUUGACCUGUUUAUCACCAAAAGGACACGGGCGUCAGAUAGUAGCAGAAGAUGUGAUAGCAAACUCUGGCCAGAGAGAGGGCAUCAGAUACAGAUGACUACUGUGGGUCUCUUGCCCUUGUAAUUGAGAAGGGUGAGGACUGUUGUGGCCCUUCCAUCCUUCAGUGGGAGAGAAGCUGCCCAUCGAGAGCAAAGACAGCAGAGAGAAGGAAGAGUCAGAGAUGUGUCAGAGGGUCAGUGUGCAGAAUGGGGCUCUGCUGCAAGGAAAGGGCCUCCCAAAUGAAAAUGGGGCUGCACAGUCGGAUGAGCUCUGCUCCAGCACAUGCUUCUAGGGACAGGUUGUUACAGACACUUCUGCUGUGCCCUUUUUCUCUUACUGCUGUUUCUUCAGUUCUUUCCAAAUAACCUGAUGUUGUUUUUGCAGCUGGAACAACGUUUUUCCCAGGGAAUUCUUCCCUGCCUUGCCCCAGCCUCAUUUAUCAUGAUCCUCCGAGCUGCUUUCUCCUGAGCCAUGUGGGCAAGUACCUGUCGGGACCAAAGCCGAAUUUUGCUUCUUACAUUGCUCAGCAUCCUGUCAGAUCCAUGCACAGCACCAAUCAGCUUUGCUGCAUGUGGGUGAUGGAGCCUACAUUCCUAAAAGCGUGCUAACACACCCGCUUGGCCAUUCUGCCAGUCACACCAUCUCUGGUUGUGUCAGUGUGAAGUCUUGGAAAGCAACACAAGAUGCUGCUCUUGAUCUGAUAGAAGGGAGAAAUCCCUUUUGGACCCAAAUCCUGGCUUAAAUAUCAUUCCCAAGUCACCUUCUGUGACUGCCAUAUCAGAACAGGGGGUUCUAGGGCAAGGACAAGGGUGUAUGUGAUGGACACGAGCAUAGGGAUUAAUGCCAGAAACACCCAUUUACUACAACAACCUAUUCUUUAACAAGAAGCCAGCAAUCCCCAAUGCUUAACCCUGAAAUCUCUGACCAAAUGCAUUCCUCGCUGCCUGCAAAACUAGAAGGAAAGUUCCAGUUUGUGACAAGAAUCCUUCCCGCUCGCAAAAUCCUACCAGCUCUCUCCUCCCCACUCCAUCCUAUCACCCAUCCUCAAGGAGCGGUGCACAGAACCCCACCAAGUCAAGUCUUAAAGAGAGGGAGCACCGUAGAAUCCUGUUUGCCAUUCGCCUUCACCUGAAAGUCCGUGAGCACCCGGGCACUGCUGUAAAUAGAGUUUGUAGGGGAACCCGAAUCGCCCCGCUAGCACCAAUAGCUGUUCUCUGACCUUUCCCUCGUGGUCGCACUUUGUACAUUAGUUGGAAAUUGGGUCAUGUGCUGUAUGUUUAUAGGAAGUUGACUUUCUUUCUUUCUUUUUUUAUUUUCUUUUUUAUUUUCUUCUUCUUCUUCUUUUUUUUUUAAAUACUAAAAAACACAGUGAGUGCCGUGCUAGUUAAAAAUAAUAAUAAUAAUAUUCAAAAAAACAUAAAAAAAUAGAAAAAAUAAAAAAAAUAAAAAUAAAGGGAGGAGGGGGGAGUGGGGAGGGCGAAAUGUAGAGAUUUUGCCUAUUGUGUGUUUUCAAAAUACAUUCCAGAAUCUUUGGGGUGGGAUGGGUUUGAUUUGGGGAAUUCUUUUCUCUUUUGUUUGUUUCUUCGUUCUGUUCUGAAGGUAACAUUCAUGUAUGAGAGUCCAAGUGUUUUGGUUUUUCUUUUCUUUUUCUUUUUUCCUUUUGUUUUACGGGUUGCCAACCUCAGUUCUGCUGAAAAGAGACAAACUCAGGGGGUAGGGUGGGACAGAACAGAGGGAGGUGAAAGAAAACCAAGCAUGGAAGAGCAGAGCCGGUGGUGGGACCUUGAAGGACGCGCGGACCCAUCGGGGAUGGAGCAGACCUCCACCCAAUGGUGACUAUGUUGGGUAACCAUGGAUCCCAACCACACAAGAAGCCAACGAGCAAAGGGACGGCGCUCCAGAACCGUUCUCUCAGGUCGAUAUUUCUUCCAUGCCUGAAGACUGAGAUCCUUGGGGGACAGCCAACCCACUGAUGGGUUUUGGACCUCCCUGUGCCCCUGCUUCACCUCUCAGCACCGUCCUGAGACCACAAAAUGGACAUUUCCUCACUGUGUCUGAUAACUCAGCAGAUUGGCUCCUGUUGCUCAGAGACUUUUGUGUAUUUAACGCUUCUAACCCGUCAUCCCUAACACCUCCAUAUACCCACCUGGGGAAUAUCUACAUAGCACUAUAGGACAUUCCUUAUUCCUAGUAACUGCGGAUAUGUUGCUUCUGUGUUUGACUCAUAGCCAUUUUGCUCCAUGUGUAUGCCUGCCUGGGAGUGUGUGCGCGUGUGUGCCUGUGUGUGUGAGUGCGUGUGUAUAUAUAUAAUCGCACCAUAAUUUAUUCAGCUAUAUGGAGUAGUAAUAGUAGAAAGAGAAACUGGUAUUUGCUUUAACUACCUGCUGCCUGUAGGUGUCUCUCUGUAACUCAGGCAUAACUGUUAUACAUUAAAAGAAAA